UUCAAUUUGCUAUGGUCUCUUAAUUUUAACACUUCUGUUCCUCACUCAAAACCUUCCUUUUUUCUUUUGAGCUAGGCACCAAACCAUUAAUCCGUUAAUCGUUUAUUAACAAAGUUAACAUUUUCGUUAACGAUUUAACGUUAGAGUUAACUGCAUGACAAUCAUUAUCGGACUAAUUUACUUCCGUUACAUUUAAAUUGUGUUAACUCAAGUCCGCUAACCCAAAAACGGAAUAAAUAUACAUUUUAAAAACCUCUAGAGUCUAAGCCAAAUUUAGUUUCAGUCCGGAGUAAGGAACGAGACCAACUCCAAUGCUUGCUGGGCUGAAAACCUAGAGGCCAUUUUCAGUCUAAAAUGUAUUUCUCAGUAGUAAGAUUGCACGCUAGUCUCAAGGUUUCAGUAUGAAGGUCAAGAGUGAAAAAAACACUCAGGAACCUUAUUAUUACUUGCUACUCGCAAGCAGCUAUUUGUGUUUAGUAAACAUCAUCUGUAAUUGUCCAACAAAGAAUGACUCUCUAGUAUCUGUGAAAUGGAUUGGCUGUUCAUUGUUGGGGCGAGACCUUCAAAAAAUGGAGUAACGUCAACGUCACUUUACUUCGCCUGGUCUUGACAGAAAAGGACAAUUGGAAUGUCAUUUGACUCAAGAAGUAAGGUACAUUUUAUAAAAUUUAGCUUCUAGAAUGUACAGUUACAAAGUUCUUGGAAAAAUAUUACAUAAGCUCCAUUGGCAUGCAGGGAUCACGCUCAACUCUGAAAGUUUCUAUUAUUAUCUAUUCUGUUAUGAUCGUGGCAUCUCAAGAAUCUGCUGAAAUCGCCACUGGACAUCAACAGGAACAGGCUCAGAACCCCUGGCCCCACCUGGACAUGACUUGUUGAAGUCAAAGGAAGAAGACAAGUUGAUUUUCAAUUGCAAUCUGUGCCAAUCAAGGGGCACAUGACAAGCCUCAACAACCUCAAGCAGCACAUCAAGAGGACCCACCCAGCCAAGUUCACACAGAUUGAGGAGAAGGUCAAGGCAUGUUCCUGUCAUGGAAAAGCAGAGCAGAGGUUUUCUUCUGGUUCCAGCAGCACUUCGGUGUCGCUGGAACCAGAAGUUUGUUUUUACUUCCCUCUGCCAAGAAAGCACACCAGAAAACCAUUGGCAAGUCCUUUGGCAUCAAUGCUACUGGCAGUGGCGUACCCCAGGCUGCUGAUGAUCAAAGGAUUGUGGGCCUGUUCGUAGCCAACAUGCUGCUACUCCAUGUAGCAGAGUCUUACACGUUUGAGAGGCUUAUCAAGAGCAGGAGCUCCAUGUCAUGGAGGACACCGUGCGGGCGAAAUGUUAGUAUGCAUACUGACAUGAAGCAUUACUUGAUCAGGAUCACCACAGACAAUGGCAGCAACUUUGUGAAAGCCUUUGUCUAGUUUGGGGCAGCAACUGACACCCUGCCAGUGGCAAAGGGGGCAAUGAGUCAGCAACAACAAGGAGGAUCAGGACGACGUCUUCAGUGCUAAAGACGCAGAAGGAGCCAUGUGUUCCUCAAGGCCCAAAACCAGGACAAGACCCGACUGAAGACAGAAAACAUGGCCAAGACCCGACUGAAGACAGAAAGCAUGGCCGGAGACCCGGCCGGAGACCGAGGACCCGGCCGGAGACCGAGGACACGGCCGGAGACCGAGGACACGGCCAAGACUCGGCUGGAGACAGAGGACCCGGCUGGAGACAGAGGACCCGGCUCGACCAACUCCAAGGACUUGCUGACAGAUGCGGCCUUCUUGGGAGAGAGAUGGGACUAUCCUGGAUCCUCUGGGGAACCUCAACAACAUCAUGACGCUGACAAGACAGAGAAGAGUCUCUCCAGAUCAGAACACCUCAAGAAACACCAGCAGAAACCCAGAGGGAGGAAACCUCACUGUUGUCCUGACUGUGGAAAGAGCUUUAUUUUUUUAUCAGAACUUAAAAUACACCAGAGAAUUCAUACAGGAGAGAAACCUUACAACUGCUCUCAGUGUGGAAUGAAUUUUUCUAGAUCACAGUCAUUGAAAUUACACCUGAGAAUUCACACAGGAAAGAAACCAUAUGGCUGUGAUCUUUGUGGAAAGAGAUUCACUCAGUUAGGGCACCUGACUGAACACAAGAGAAUACACACAGGAGAGAAAGCAUAUGCGUGCUCUGUCUGUUGCAAGAGCUUUGCUACCUCAUUUGGACUAUUAUCACACCAACGGACACACACAGGUGAGAAGCCAUAUAACUGUGGUCAAUGUGGGAAGCGAUUUUCUCAUAGGGGAUCCCUCGCUUCACAUCAGAGAACUCACACUGGAGAGAAACCAUAUAGCUGUGAUGUUUGUGGGAGUAGUUUUACUACAUCAGACCAGCUGGUAAUACACCAGAGAAGACACACAGGAGAGAAACCUUUCCACUGUUCUGAUUGUGGGAAGAGCUUUACUACCUCAUUUGGACUGAUAUCCCACCAGCGGACACACACUGGUGAGAGGCCUUAUAGCUGUGAUCGGUGUGGGAGAAGAUUCACUCAGUUGGGACACAUGACUAGACACCAGAGAACUCACACAGGAGAGAAACCAUAUGGCUGUGAUCAAUGUGGGAAGAGAUUUUCUCAAAGUGGAUCUCUGGCUUCACACCUAAGAACUCACACAGGCGAGAAACCUUAUAGCUGUGAUCAAUGUGGGAAGAAAUACUCUAACUCAAGGCCUCUGGUUAAACACAAACAAUUACACACAAGAGAUCCACAAAGUGUGGAUCAUAGAGAUGAUUAGAGAACAUCUCUGAUAAAACCUGAGGUUAUGUAUUUAACCAUUGUAACAAAUCAUUCAUAGAGCACUUUUAUUGCAACACUAAUUAUAUUUGUCAAGCCUGUAAUCUAAAUUGUAGUAGAUUACUGUAUGACACUAUUUCAAAGGCACAGUAGGCCUGUUGCACAGGCAAUAUAGGAAUGUGAUUUAUUCAGUUUGUAAAGUAUUUGUAUUGUGAAUGCAGAACCUUGUUGGGUUACAUGGGAAGGGUUGAGAAAGUUAAGAUUAAUGAUUGACUGUAAUUGAGUGUUAAAAGGAAUCAGUCUGAAUGGUCUAAAGGAUCGAUUUGUGAUCUGAUAAUGACUCCCCUUUGUAAAGUACAACACACAAUGCAUGAUGUCACUUAAAGACAGGCCAUGGUGACGGAAUCUGAUUGGUUUGUUUCAGUUUUUUUGUAAAGAUGUUUUUUCUAAAUGACCAAACCAAGUAGCUACAUUAAACUAGUUGACUUGAAUAUACUUUUCUAUCAUUCCGUCCUCUUGGUAUUAGCUUAAACAAGUCAAACUAUUGGCCAAAAUGUGUUGUGAAGCUUCAAGACUAAUUUGGUCUGAAUGCAAACAGAAUUAAACUGUGACAUGAACUAACAUGGCAAAAGUACAUCUGGCUCGAUAGCAGAGGUAAGUUGGCAAUAAUCAGAGAAGAAAAUGUGCAUCCAUCUGCUUUCGGGUACAAAACUAGAAAGAUGUUUUUUAUUUCGGUAAGAGUGUAGGCCCCAAUGGUGAUUUAAUGUACAAUGAAACCUGACCUCUGGUGCUGUAAUUUCACUUUUCUCUGUGGCAAAAUGUCAUGAAGCUGUUCCAGAAUCUGAGUUAUUCAAGCGAACCUCAGGCAGUGGGUGGAUCGGCUGAUGACUGGAACUUAAAUGGCCCUUAAACUUGACGCUUAAUUGCAACAAACUGCUUGAAAAACACAGAGCUGCUAACUGGUCAAUGCAUCCACUGAAUCGUAGAACCUACAUGUACAUGUCUUGCUGCAUAGUGUAGUGUCAUGUUUAAUUCCUGUAUGUUUAUUUUGUACAUUAUCAUUGUGGCUCAACGUGUUGUCCUGCCCUCUUGCAACUUUGUCCAAGUCAUUGAAAAUUGCCAUUGUUUAUAAACUCACUUGAAUAACUGUGAAAUUAAAUGAAUAAACAUGUCUUCAGCAUGUUGAAAAUGUCAGUUUGUCUGCACUUUGUUGUAGCACUGAUUUGAUCAAUGAAACAAUUAUUUAAGCAGAUUGCGAUGCGAGUCUUUUACGCCUUGCUACUUUAGAGUGACGUAUAAUCAACUGGAUGAAAUUCUUGUUUAUUACUGUAUUUGGGGACU